GCACAAAAGCCAUAGGCGGCAGCGGAUCGCCGACCGCCGGCAUAUAUCAUUCUUUCCCCCAUCCUCAACCCCAACGCUCCAUGCCUUGUUCAUGGGGCUUAUUCGCACCAUCCGUCGAUACCUCGAUGGGAUACUGAGUUCCCGUCGCGCCAAGGAGGAUGGUGACGAUUUGGGCAUCUCUUUCGAAACUCCCGACCUCUUCAUCGACCUCCGCACACUUGAAGUGGCCACCGAUUGCUUCUCCAAGCUGAAUAAGCUCGGUCAUGGAGGCUUCGGUCCAGUCUACAAGGGGUUGAUGCCGAAUGGCCAAGAAGUUGCGGUGAAGAAGCUCUCUGCAACAGGGAGGCAGGGAGUAGAUGAAUUCACUAAUGAGGUGAAGCUACUGUCAGAAAUACGGCACAUGAAUCUAGUUACAUUGUUGGGUUGCUGUGCAGAAGGACCCGAGAAGAUGCUUGUUUACGAGUAUCUGUCAAACAAAAGUCUUGAUUGCUUGCUCUUUGAUAAGGAGAAGUCUUCUUCCCUGGAUUGGGCAACAAGAUUCCGUAUAGUUAAGGGAGUCGCAAGGGGACUUCUUUACCUCCACGAGGAAGCCCCCGUGAGAAUCCUUCACAGAGACAUCAAAACCAGUAAUAUAUUGCUGGAUGAAAAACUGAGUCCAAAGAUAUCAGAUUUUGGCCUUGCCUGGCUGUUUCCGGAGGAAGACACGCAACAAGUUACAGAAAUUAUAUGUGGUACUUAUGGUUACAUGGCCCCAGAGUAUGUUAUGCAUGGACAUCUUUCUGUCAAGACCGAUGUCUUCAGCUAUGGUAUUAUCCUUCUAGAAAUUAUAAGUGGGAGUCGGAAUUAUGAUUUCAGAGUUGGUCCGGACCAUGCUAGUCUCUUGCAUUCGGCAUGGUUGCUCUAUCGAGCAGGAAAGACAUUGGAGUUAGUUGACCCGAGCCUUGCCCACUCUUAUCACACCGAUGAAGUGGAGAAGUGCAUUCGGAUAGGGCUUCUAUGCUGUCAACAAUCUGAUGCCAAUAGGCCUGACAUGAACUCGAUUCAUGUCAUGCUUUCCAGCAACUCGUUUACUUUGCCAACACCGGGUCAACCUGCAUGUGCAUUGCCACCAAUGGUAACUGGAUGGGACAGUACUGUCGUCGUUGAGGAUUAUUCCCAAAACUCAAUCUCUGUUUCCUCCAUUGAUGAAGGUAGAUAGAUGGAUGCUUACGUCCCUAAAUGGUUAUACAUGUAAAGCAUGAAUCAAAACGUGAUCAUCACUGACUCGUGCACUCGUCUUGAUUAAUUGAUCAACGAUAUAAUUAAUCAGUGUAUAAUAGAUAAUGAAUUGGCAAUGUCGAG